AUGGCCGGCAUUAUUUCCGCUGCCAACCUUGGCGGCGUGGCCGACCCUCGUCUUGGAGAGGAGGCUGAUAUUAUUGGAACUAAGAGAGAACACCAUGAGGUCGAUGUGCACCACGAUAUUGAACCCCCGAACAUGCACGGUUCCGACAGUAUCUACUUGGACACCAGCAUCACUUUCGAAAACUAUCACUACUGGGCCAACCGAUCCCGUGAAGCCGAGAAGAGCAUUCGUACCGACAAUGCCGGUUUUGCCGGAAUUGGAAAGGCUCUCCUCAACCGUAAGGGAAAGAAGGAAGAAGAACCAGCUGCUGAGCCCGCUGAGCCAGCGCCUGUAUCUGAGAAGACAGCCACGGACUUGGACACAAAGACAACUGUGCCCGGCCCAAGAUCCGAUGAAGGAAGCGAUAAAUGGGGUGUUACCGAAACAGAAUGGGAGACAGCACAGAGAGCGGCUCGCACUGCGACUUGGGGUUCGAUCUUCUAUCUGAUCACCACCGAUAUCUUGGGUCCCACCAACGUUCCCUACGCCAUCAGCCGAAUGGGAUACGGUCCCGGUUUUGCUCUUUACACUGUCUUUGGUGUGCUGGCCGCCUACUCCGGUAUGCAGCUGUGGCGCAUCUUCGUUGGCUUGGAUUCUACUCGCUUCCCCAUGCGUAACUACGGUGAUGUUGCGUUCCGUGUCUUUGGUUCCUGGGCCCGUAUUGGUGUCAAUGUUCUGCAGAGUUUCCAGUUCUUCCUUAACGUUUCUCUCCUGAUUACGAGCAACGGUCAAGGUCUGGCACAGAUGGUGGCUGGUGUGAACAACACCGGUGGUUUCCUCUGCUUCAUUGCCGCCGAGGUCAUCUUCAUGGUUAUCGGAGCCGUCCUCGGACAGAUCCGAACCCUGCAGCGCCUGUCCUGGUUGGCCAACCUUGCCAUCUGGGGUAACGUCAUCGUUAUCAUCAUGACCAUGGUCGUUGUCUACAUCUACCCUCCCAACUACUCGGCCGUGUUGACCAGUUACGGUAUCGCCGAGGGUCCCAUCGUCACCAGCGCCAACUGGGCCGCAGGCUACGAUCUCGAGGACCGUAUCACCGCCAUGAUGAACGCCGUCUUCGCCUACGGCGGUGCCACUCUCUUCAACGAGCUCAUGGCCGAGAUGAGACGUCCCAUGGACUUCUGGAAGGGAUUCAUCAUCGCCGAGAUCUUCAUCUACGUCUGCUACCUUGUCAACGGAAUGGUCGUCUAUUCCGCCCAGGGCCAGUUCACCUACAACCCCGCCUACGAGGGAAUCCCCAACUCCAACGGCGCAUACCGCUUCCAGACUCUGGGUAACGCCCUCUCCUUCGUGACCGGUGUCAUUGCAGCCCUGCUGUACGGAAACAUCGGUAUCAAGGUCUUCUACUCGUCUGUCAUGCGUGAUAUCUUCCACUUCCCGCCGCUGGACAGCAAGCUCGGCAAGUGGAUCUGGACAGCCAUCGUGCCCAUCUACUGGAUCCUCGCCUGGGUCAUUGCCGCCGCUAUCCCCCAGAUCAGCAACUUGACCUCUUUCGUCGGAGCCGCCUGUAUUCUGCAGUUCUCCUACACCUUCCCUCCUCUGCUCUUGGUCGGUUACCACGUCCAGAAGGACGCUAUGCUGCCCGAGGAGGAGUUUAACCCCCGCACUGGCCAGGCUCAGCGUGUGGAUCACGGUGUGAAGCGCUGGAUCCGUGGUUACAAGAAGAAGUUCUGGUGGAACACCUUUGACUUGGUCUAUGCGCUUGCUGCUCUGUCUCUGGCUGGUCUUGGUAUCUGGGCGUCUGUCAUCUCGAUGAACGUCAGUUUCAAGACCACCAAGUUGACUCCCUUCACCUGCACCAACCCUGCUGGUUAA